UGAGAAAUUGGCGUGAUGACCAUUAUGUCUGCGUCUGCUCAGAAGACAAUUCCAUGCAUUGUCACACCUCUUGCUCUCCCACAUGCAGGAUCAAUGUUCUACGCAGUGUUAUUUAUUCACAACUGAUAUCGAGUCGCAUGGCGAUCUGGUCCGAAAUAGGAAGCUGUCAAAUAGUCGUUCCCCGCUUUGCUCCUCAAUCGGCCUGCGACACACGGCCUUCGAGGACAACUGCUGGUUGCAUAAUAACGAUAACAAGACUGAUAAGAAUCUGAGAUCUCCUAGACAAUAUAAGCCAUGAACCUGUAUGAGCAGACAGACAUCCAAGAAACAACAUUGAACUUGGUUUAAUUCCAUCUUUACUGUACACUGAGACUCAGCGGCUACCCUACGACAACAUGGGCAACGAACGUAAAGCUAUCAUUGGCAAUGCCGCCAACUUUUGGCUGCACUCUUCCAAGCAAAACAGAUUUGAUCUUACGCACCCGAAGACACCUUCCAGCGAGGCAAUCUCACCACGUCUUGACUUGAUUACGUCAAACACACCGAUUACCAUCGAUCCACAAAAGACAGCCCUUGUUAUCAUCGACAUGCAAAACUUCUUCUUAUCGGAAGGCUUCGGGAGGAAGAAGGGUGCAGGCCACACUGCUGUUCAAAAUCUGGACCAACAUGCCAUUCCUGCAGCAAGAAAGGCAGGCAUUCAGGUCAUCUGGCUGAAUUGGGGGUUGACGGAUGACGAUCUCGAGGCCAUGCCUCCAGCUAUCAAACGUGCGUUUGGCUUCGAAGCCGUAGUAGACGACGACGACGACGACAAAGAGAUCGAAGCCAAGACAGCGGCGGGAGAUGUCUUUCGAGAGAAUGCUGGACAAGAGGGCACUCCAAGUUUCAAGCCCCAGGACACUGCUGUCCUUGAGAAUGGCAAGGACAAACGCAUCUACAAGGGUCUUGGAUCUUGGUGUGGAAAUGUGAAGCUAGCAGAUGGUACAACCGUAGAUGCAGGACGUUUGCUCAUGCGCGAUGCUUGGAACUCCGCUCUAUAUCCGCCUCUCGACACCGUGUACACAGAAGGUCUUACGCAUUCAGCCAAGCCCGACGUGUGGAUUCACAAGGAUCGCAUGAGCGGGAUGUGGGGUGCGCGUACAGACUGCGAGGAAUUUUUGCAGGAAGCUGGGAUUCGCACUCUGCUAUUUGCAGGCGUCAACACUGAUCAAUGUGUCAGCGGAACAUUGACAGAUGCAUUCAGCAAGGGCUAUGACUGUGUGAUGCUCAGAGACGCAUGUGGCACGACCAGUCCAGAGUUCUCGCAGCAGUGUAUAGAGUUUAACGCAGCAAAGAGCUGGGGUUUCGUGGCCACGUGUGAGGACCUCGCGAAGGGAGUGGAAGGCAUGAUCAGCUGCUAAUUUAGGUAUAUCUGUAAAUUUUGGAUUCUAAUCAGAUCACGGGUCUUUUCGGAACAAACGUGUUCCUGCAGCAGGUGAUGGCAGCUUUUCUAUAUUGAUGUCUGUCACACCUAAGCUAUUCUGCAGAGACAUGGAACUCUGUAGACAUGUGGUGACCAGCCAAGCUCCAUAAAGAAUGUAGGAUGUAGCGUAUCAACAACACUUGCGGAGUUAAAUUGGAAUAACAUCUUGUUGCGUGGUCGUUGGCAUGUUCCCUCUGCCGGGAGUACUUCUGGCCUACUGCCCCGGUGUUGACUCCGAGCUGCCGUGGAUGGUGCGUGGUACAUAGAAAUG